AUGUCCCUUCAAACGGCCAACUGGAACUACCUGGGCAAUCAGUUUUACAAAAAGUUUGAAAUAUGUCAAAUGCUCUGGAAUGGCAUCAUAAACCUCGAGGACUAUGUCAUCGCCGCGGCGCCAUACGGCGGACCAAUCGCUCUUAUGAGCAAGGACAAUGUGUCGCGAAAGCAGACCAAGACGACCAUUUCGAUAUACUCGGCAAUGGGCGACUUGCUCUCGGCUUUCACAUCUCACGAGGAUAUUCUGCAAAUCGGCUGGUCCGUGAAGGAGGACUUGGUGUGCAUUCAGGCCAAUGGAUUCGUCAGCCUGUACGACCUCUCAGGAGCACAAAUCAACACGGUGACACUUGACCAGGAGAUUCGCGACGCCAAAGUAAUCGAAGGGCGUAUUUUCAACGGCCACUACGGCACCGGAAUCGCCAUUCUCACCACCUCUUUCACCUUUUACCUGUACAAUAACAUCUAUGAGCUGAAGAUCAGACGGCUCGCAGAAUUGCCCUUCUUUCACACUGCACCACUGUGCUGGGACGUGAUAUCAUCUGACAAGGACACCAAACUCAUCGUUUCCAAGGAGGACAAAGAGGUGGCCAUUCUCAAGUCGCUCGACGUCAGUUACCAGAUCAUCAAUCAUCUCAAGGAAGAGCUACCAGAGGCCAUCACCAUGAUGAGUCUGUCCUUUGACUUUACGCACAUUUGCUUCUUCACCGAAUCUGGCCGGCUGAUGUUGGCAAAGACGGAAAACAAUGUCGCCAGUCACUACAGUGUAUUUGAGACGGACUGCAAAAAAAAGUUAAAACAACUAGCCUGGUGCAGCAACGACGCCGUCGCCGUACACCUGGAGGACUUUAUCUUCUUCGUCGAUCUAAACAAGAACUGGUUAAAGUACCCCACUUACUCAACAGUGCAGCUGGUGCAGGAAAUUGACUGCAUUCGCGUGGUGGACAACCAGUGCCAGGAGAUUAUCAAGAAGGUGGAAAGUGUGGCGAUUGAAAUCUUCAAGAUUGGCUCUUUCUCCAGCGGCGCCAAUCUGCUGGAGGCAAAUCGGCUGUUUGAGCUGCAGAACCACAGGGCGGACGACUACAUUCGCCUGGUGCAGGACAAGAAGGAGAUGCAACGGGCGGUGAACAUGUGCCUGGAGGCGGCCGGGCACGAGUUUAACAUUGCCACGCAGAAGAUGCUGCUGCGAGCGGCGCUCUUCGGCAAGAGCUUCACCCAUCAGAUGGACCCGAAGUACUUUGUGGACAUCUGCCAGAAGUUGAAGAUCCUCAACGCCAUUCGCCGACCGAGCGUCGGCAUUCCAUUGACCUUUUACCAGCUGGAGGUGCUCACCACGCACGGCUUGAUUGAUCGACUGAUCGAGCGGCGGCACUUCCUUCUGGCGCUGCGCAUUGCCGCCUUCCUAAAAAUAGCCCCCGAAGAGGGCGACAUUAAGAUUCUGACGAAAUGGGCAUUCUUCAAAGUUCGACAGCAGGACAUUAGCGAGGAGCAGAUUGCCAACGACAUUGCCAACAAGCUGCAGCACUACUCGGGCGUCUCGUACGCGGAAAUUGCCAAUCAGGCCAUUGAGUAUGGCCGUAAGAAUCUCGCCAUUCGCCUGCUUGACUUUGAGCUCAAGCCGACGGACCAAGUGCCGCUGCUGCUGAAGCUGAAGCAGUACCGAAUUGCCCUGCAGCGGGCCAUUGAAAGUGGCGACACCAAUCUGAUUCACGCAGUCAUUCUCAAGCUUAAGGACAUUCACUCGCCCAUGGAGUUUAUCAUGUCGAUUCGUGAAUACCCCGUGGCGUAUGCGCUCUACCAAAAGUACUGCAAGACAGAGGACAGGGAAAAGCUUCGGAAUAUCCUCGAUCAGGAGGACGACUUUGUCGCCGAGGGGCUGUACUGUCUGGAGCAAAGUCUAUCGUCGUCACAAAGCAGCAGCAGCACCUCUACACUGGCUGUCAAUCAGGACAGCCGAAAGCACAAGCUCAGCAUGGUCACUGCGGCGAUGGAUGUCUUCAAGAAGUCGAAGAAUGAGUUUCUCUCGGUGCACUCUGAAGAGUACGUUCGCCUGUUGCGGUACCAGCAGAAAAUGGAGGACCGCUUUCCCUCGAGGAAGUUCUUCGGCCUUUCAGUGCAGGACACCCUUAGUGCACUGCUUCAGCAGAAGGAGUACAAGCUGAGCGAAGAGCUGAAGAAGGAGUUUAAAGUGCCUGACAAGCGCUACUACUAUCUCAAACUGAUGACUUUGGCAGAAAUUGGAGAGUGGCUGGAGAUAGAGAAGCUAUCGAAGGCCAAGAAGUCGCCCAUUGGCUACGAGCCAUUCGUGGAUGUCUGCAUUCAGCACCACAAGCCGUACGAGGCGCAGAAGUAUUUGCCCAAAGUUCGGGAUGAGAACAAAAUUAAGUACUACGUAAAGACUGGCAACUUGGAGGAUGCGGCCAGGUUCGCCGCAGAGAAGAAGGACGCCGAGGCGCUGCAGUACAUUCUCACCAAGUGCGGCCCGGCGAACCGAAUGCUCGCCGACAAGGUACGCAGCAUGAUGACGCAGAUUAAGUGA